CAACAGCAGAAGUUACAACAGUAGAAGAUACAGCAGUAGAAGUUGCGAGAGUAGAAAUUGCAAGAGUAGAAGUUCCGAUUUGAAGACAAAUAACCUAAUUAUUAAAUAAAGACCAUGGAUAUUGAUGAUCAUAUAUACGCAAACGAAAGACCCAUCAAGUCCCACAAGAAGGAUGGAGUUGGUGAUCAACAUUCAGUGUGGAAGAGACGUUUCCUAGCUGCUGCAGUGUGUCUGGGGCUGCUGUGUGUUCUCCUACUGGCUGGGAUCAUAGGCCUGUUUCUCUACCAGAGAAACCUAUUGAACAGUUACAACAACCUGACUGCAGAGAGAGACCAGCUACAGACCAGUUAUAACACCCUGACCAAAGAGAGAGACCAGCUACAGACCAGUUAUAACAACCUGACCAAAGAGAGAGACCAGCUACAGACCUGUAAUAAAUAUGGCACAUGUCCCCAAGACUGGAUAAGGUCUUGCUGCAGUUGUUACUACAUCUCCACUGAUGAGAAAACGUGGGACGGGAGCAGAAAGGACUGUCAGGUGAGAGGAGCAAACCUGGUGAUCAUCAACAGCAGAGAGGAACAGGCUUUAAUCAAAGCGUUCAACAAAAAAGCCUGGUUUGGUCUGACGGACAUAGAAGUUGAGGGAACCUGGAGAUGGGUGGACGGCACACCACUGACCACAAGUUACUGGAACAAAGGGGAGCCAAAUGAUUUGCAGGGAGAAGACUGCGCUUUGGUUGAUAACACUCAAAAGGACCCAGUAGUGGCUUGGAAUGAUGUGCCAUGUAACCUCAAAAAUGGUUGGAUCUGUGAAAGGCAGCUGUGUUAAGUCUAUCAAUAACAGGUUG